AUGCUGUUUGUUUUUAUAUUACGUUUUAAUGAACCACUUUGUUAGCUGCUGUUGUUCGGAAUAUCUGACGUACAGCUCCUGUAGAUGAGCUCGGUGAAUGCAAUAGCCCUGCUGUCGUUGUAUUUCUGUCGGCUCACGUUCUGCGAGGAAGGAGGAAGCGACGGAAAUAGGAGAGGGGAAACCAUUCCCUUUAAAAACAACUGGGACAUAGCGGAGAGUGAAAAGGAGAGGAGGGGGUAGAAGAAAGAGGAAUUAAAAAAGAAAAGGAAGAAAGAUACAGGGAGGGAGGGUGAGCGCGAGAGAGAGCGCGCGCGAUAAAAAAAGAAAGAUGACAUCCUGUGAAUUGAAGCGCCGAGGUGGAGCGGCGGGCUGCGGCCGGGCUCGAGUGUUAUUCGUCAGGGUCAGGGCUUGAAUCCUACAGCGAGGCUUCGACAAACACCCGAUUGGCCUGUCGGGGGAACCGAGGGGGAAAACUCAGAUUUAUCCAUAGCUACCUUUAAGUUUGACUGUUUCAAACGCGUCAAUCGCAUUACAUGCAUCUGUUCUUUUAACGUCUAUAACGUUAUGCAUCAACUCCUUUUUUAUAAUGCACGAUGUAACAGUGUUUAAAUUAUUUGUUUCGUAUGCAGAUACAGAUUUUUAAGUGUUGGAAAUUAAUUAAUACGACGUUAUUGUAAUGAACGAUUCGGAAAUAAGGAUUUAAUUUAAAUAGCAGCAAAGUAUAAAUGAAAUAGUGUUUACCUUUGCCUGGAAAUCUGGAUUGGAUCCUUAAAUUAACGGAACGGGUUCAACCUUAAACGCACAACUUAACGUUCACGUUUUACAUUUACAUUUAGUCAUUUAGCAGACGCUUUUAUCCAAAGCGACUUACAAAGAGUUUUACCAAAUAUAGGCGAUUUAAAGGACGCAAAUGGCGCUCUAUUAAUUGUAGCCUAUUAUUGUAUAGUUGAUCAUAUUCGUCGGUCUGGAACAAAAUGGAUGCCGCGUGGAGCAAUUUUCUCUUUCAGACCACACCUUCUCAGACGCAAGUGGAGGGCACCCUCCAAUCAGAACUUCUGGCCGUCCACACGACCUCUCCUGAAACCCCACCCACCGAGCACAUAGCCCCACCUCCAUCCACAGUGGACACUGCAGCUCUCAAUGAGGACCAUGUACCUGAGAAACCAGUGUGCAGACCAGCCCGUGCGUCUCAUAUCUGUUCUAUAUGCAGCAAGCAGUUCAAGAACGGCUACAACUUACGGCGCCAUCAAUCCGUUCACACUGGUAUCCGCAUGAAAGGGGGCUCCCAGAGUCAAAAUGAUGCGGCCAAAGAGAGUACAGAAAGACACACUGUCCCUCUGUCUCUGCUUCACCUCUCCAUACCCCAGCAGCAACCCCAAACACUCCUCUCUGUGCUGCCCCAUCCCCACAUACAAGUCCUGGCCUCUCAAGAUGGAAAUGAAGUUACCAUGGAAAGCAUGGCGUCCACUGUGACCGCCCUCCCGCCUCCGUCUGCUGUUGUCAUGGCAACAGAAGAGUCCGUACAGAGGCCAGUAAACCAGAACCCCAACCCCGUGCGUAAAAACCAUGCAUGCGAGACCUGUGGUAAAGCCUUCAGGGAUGUGUACCACCUGAACAGACAUAGGCUGUCCCACUCGGACGAGAAGCCAUUCUCCUGCCCGAUCUGCCAGCAGCGUUUCAAGCGGAAGGAUCGCAUGAGCCAUCACGUCAAAUCGCACCAGGGUGGAGUGGAGAAACCCUAUGUGUGCCCACAUUGUUCUAAAGCUUUCUCACGGCCUGAUCAUCUCAACAGUCAUGUUAGACAGGUCCAUUCUUCAGAAAGACCCUUCAAAUGUCCGACGUGUGAAUCGAGCUUUGCCACACGGGACAGACUGCGCGCACACAUGAUCCGACAUGAAGAGAAAGUUCCGUGUCACAUCUGUGGCAAACUGCUGUCUGCUGCUUACAUCACAGAUCACAUGAGGGUGCACAACCAAUCACAGCAUCACACCUGCCACCUCUGCAACCGCAGUUUCACUACACUGACGUACCUGCGUGUUCAUGCUCAAAAGCACCAUGGUCAGGAGUGGAAGGAAAGCGGAGGAGGGUUUGGCACCGCAGGGUCUGGAGGUGUCCUGGUUUGUCAGCUCUGCGGCGUGCACUGCAAGACCCCCACACAACUACAGGGCCACAUGGGUACCCACAAUCCCCCCGUGAGCGACCCCUGCCCUGUUACUACCACCACCACCACGAGUGAAGUGUUGCCGGGAAGUACGGUCACCUUGUGCAACAUGGUGUCGGCGCCUACAGUGUUUGUGAGUGGAAACACAGUGGUGGACCUGCUGGUGACCGACUGUUCCAGCAUCAUCCCUCAACCUCAAAGCUAGCAGAACGGCCUUGUAAUGCAGAUAAGCUAGUAACUAUAUUCACAGCACAGUUACAUCUGUAUGACUCAAAACAGCCAUUCAAAUGCAUACACUAAGGAACCACAAGAAGCCAAGGAUAAACUGUGAAAAACGAAAUUUAGAGUGGAUGUGGCUCAUUUGUUUUCACAUGCACACAUGUGUACUAUGACAAUUACUGUAGCAUGAUGCAUUUUUUGAACAGAACACCUCAACAAUGAUACACACAAUAGGACACACAGACGUGUUACACUUAUCUCUCCUAAACCAAGAUAGUUAUCCAAGUAAUAUGUAUAUUUUCUGGUCUGGCUGAGAGGGCAAGGCAGGAGGACAAUUCGUUUGUCUUCUGAAGCUGUCUUGGCUUGACAGGAAGGAUCAGGGCAAAAAGGUGGACAAAGACACAAGCAGAGACCUGAAGGGCAGUUCUUUCAAUUUAAUACUAAUAGAGGAAUUGCCACUUUGCACUGUUGCACUGUUGACUCAAUCCACGCUUUCUUCUCUUUUGCGUUCUCUUUUUCUCAUUGCUGCAGGACUUCUUAAGGAUACUGUGAUCGUGUAUUUCUACUGUAUUUCCUCUUUCUGUGCGUUUGCUGGAAGUCCACUGCCGUAAACACGGCUCAGGAUGCAUUUAUUAGUCAUAAUAUGGAAUCAAAAAAUCGAAAGAACAAACAAAGUUGUACACAUGACAGUAUCUAUACAGUACUGGCCAAAUAAUUCAACUCGCGUCAGCAAUUGGUCUCAUUGUACUAAAUUGAAUGAACAUUUAUUCGUUUAGCUAUUAGUCAUUUGCUAGUCGAAGACGUUUGUCCUCGGACAGUUUUCGAAGAUCGUAACUGGAGUUUGUUCCAUCACCAGAGGUGAAAGAAAAUACAAUCUUUUCAGGAAAAUGUAAUCGUUACAUUUACAAAAAUGUGAAGGUUAAAGGUAGAAAACGUGUGCAUGAGCAGUUCAGCAUUAAUAUCCGGCGAUAAGCAGUAUCUAUAGAAUGAAAAGUAACAUUACGUUUUAUUUGAGACUGUACCCACUAGCUUUUUAAAGACGACUAUCCGAGAAGGUUUGGAAUCCAAAUGUUUAACUUUGUGCUUGAUGUUAAUGAUCCCAAUUCUAUUUUCUACCCCUUCGCCUACCCCUCGCCCCUUGAAACAAAGUGGCAAGGGGAAGGGCUACAAAUUUUCCGCUAAGAAAUGGGACGCCACUACUACACUGUUAUACGUCAUCAUAUACGUCGUUGCUAGCUCGUUACGUCAGAGGACAUGCGCCGAUGCACUGGGUAUAUGACAUAAAAAUAUAUUUUCUAAUAUCGUGCAAUUAGUGCUGUCCGCUAGCAAACUUUAGCGAUUUUUUUUGCAAACGUUAAAAGAACAUCACCGUAAAUACAAACACAAGAUUGAAUGUAACAUACAUAAAAUGAAAAAUUGUCAUAAAAAUCCUUAUUAAUGGCAAAAAUGACUUGCAUUUAUGGGUCUGCUUGCUCGAGUGAGCAGCCAUGUUGGAAAUUUCUCUUAGCCCUUCAUUUGAAGUGAGGUCCCGAAAAAUCUUCGUUUGAAGGGCUAUCUGGCCCUUACCCCUACCCCUCCAACCGAAAGAGAAUUGAGACACCCCUUCACGUGAACGCGCCAAACGGAGGGGUAGGUGUAAGGGGUAGAAUUGGGAUUGGGCCUAAGUGGAACAUCUGUGAUCGGUUUUAUAAGUAUUCGCCAGUAACAUUUUAAACAGACGUUUUGACAGAUACUUGCUUUGAGUCUAAUAAUUUGGCCAUGACUGUAUUAUGAUGCAUUUGAUGGCCGUGUUUAGUGGCUUAGUGAUACAGCGAUCCCAAUGUCUCUUAAAAUGUUAGCAUUCUUUUAUCCUAUGCUUUAUCUGAUAUAUACAGUAGCCUGUUAGUACUCAUUUUCUUUCUCUGACUCGGCGCUUUAAGCUGGGUGCACACUGCACGGUUUGGCCUUCUGGGACAAAAUUAGAGAAUCUUAAAAUGUUCUAUGAUCCCAAGCCAAAAUCUGUAGAUCACUAGUUUUCAUCUCUUGCGAGUGUCGAUUUUAUUGAGUGUUUUCUGUUGUUCGGCGUGAAAUGAAUGGCAACCGUUAUCCCACUAUAUGACAUGGCUUGUAGCCGAACCAUAUUCGAUCAAUCUGGUGAACAGCAAUCGUAAAGGACUAUUACAAAUCGUACAGUGCGCACUCCGCUUUAAAAGCCGUUUUAAUCGUUACAUUUGCAUUUUUCUUUACAGCAGGCUAUCAAAAAUGAGUGUCAUCACUGUUGUUACCGCUUCCAUUAAGAAUUUUAAGAAAACGGAUGUUCCUAGAUGUUCUCUUUUUUAUUUCUGGCAUGAAUGAUGUGUUUCAAGAAGGGCUUAAUCCUGUUUGCGUAAGUGUUAUUGAGAGUAACACACAGAAAUAAAACGAAUUACUAGCGCGAGGUUUUCAAACAAUAUAGGAAAAAAAGAAAUGUCAUGGUUCCUGGAUGUGCCGGAGUGAUUUGUUUGAUCAGUUUAGUGUUGGUACUGUAUACUGGAUAUAUCUAGUUGUUCAUGAACUUACUUUUGAAAUGGAAUUUGUUCUUCCUGUUUAAAAAUGUAGUUGUUUUUAUAAAGAUUAAAUUAUAUUUAGGGUUUUCUUUUUCAUUAAGCAUUAAUCUGAAAUAAUACCUCUAAGCUCUGACAAUGCAUCUCAAUGCCUUAUUGUACACUACCGCAUUUAAUUUGUCAAACUCUAAAACUAUUUUAAAUUAUAGUCGGUGAGCCAGUGAAAAAAUAACGAUGGGAUGUAUUUAUAUUUUUAUAUUUCUCAGCAGUAUGCAUGUCUAUAAACGGAGCAAAACAAAAGAAAACGUUGUUGCUUACCAGGAUCAUUAAUAUGUUAUUAUUAGAUUAUGUAGAUCAUGUUAUUGUUUUGUAAUUUGACUAUUAAAAGGAAAUUAAGUAAUUAUGA